AUGACUAGGCUUUCUCGUCUUCAUACCGUUUGGGCAGAUGCGUUAGGUGCUUCCAACAUUGGUCAUGGACUUUGGGAAGAGUUGGGUUCUAUCUCGUAUUCAAUGGAACGACUAAAUGAAUUCGAUCCGGAGUUAGUGAUUAUGCAUGAAGGUAACAUACCUCAAACAGCCCUUUUUCGUUCAUAUCAACAAUAUAUUGUCCCUGCGUUGACUAAAACACCACUGGUUGAAUUCGGUGCUUAUAUUAGAUCUUUCAAAACAAAGUAUAUAUGUUUCGAAAAAGUAUUUGCUGGUGGUCAAUUAAGCAUUUUCAAACAAUCAACUAUUAAAGAAAAUCAUGGACGAGAACCGCUUUUCUAUAAUUGGAGGUCUAAAAUUAUAGCAAAAAAUGGUUUUGAUCCUGGAUUUAUUCCAAAUAAGCAUCAAAUUAUCGUAACAAAUAAAUCAAACUCUCAAUGGACAAAUCCAGCAUCAAACAGACAUAGGGCAAUAGCCAAUCUGAAAGAAGUUGUAAACUUCAUUCGAAAGAGUUAUCCAACCAUAGACACGGAAGUUGUUGAAUGGCAAAAUAUUCCCUUCAAUAAACAAAUUGAGAAACUUUUAAAUACUACCAUUCUGAUAACACCAUGUGGUGGUAUUUCAAUGAUAAUACCAAUGCUUCCUCACGGUGCGCAUGCAAUAGUUAUGGAUUACUAUGCAACUCAAGAACAGUAUGGAUUUAAACGAGGACAAAGCGCCUCAAUGGAAGGCGCAUUUUUAAAUCACUUUCCACAUGUUCGAAAACACUACUACCAAGUGUAUGGAUCACAGGAUUACGAAUUUGACUUUCCGGGAGCUAAAGAUACUCGCAAUGAUGCGUCUGUAAUUGUGAAUACAACACGUCUACAAUUACUAAUCGAUACAGCUUUAGAAGAUAUGCAACCAUAA